AUGGAUCUGCGGCACAAAUUCUCCGUCGGCUUUAUCCUAUCCCUCGCAGCUCUUGGCUGCAUCUGCUCCGGAAUCCGCUUCCCUUACAUAACCGGUCUAACAGAACUCGAAGACUUCUUCUGGGACGUGACCAACGUGUCCAUAUGGAGUACCGUCGAAUGCGGCACAUGCAUCAUAGUCGGCUGCAUGGCAACCCUCCGCCCACUCAUGAAGAUGGGAAUCUCAAGAGCACGGGACAUGACUACCAGGGACGGAAGCAGGAGCGGCACGAUGAAGAGCACGCGAGCAUCUCCACGAACGACGAAUCACUCACUCUCCCAACUCAACUUGCAUGCUACGCCGCAAAAUAACCUCUUACUCGCGGAGCUGGGCAUACAAUACAACGGCGUCGAAAGCAAGACCUCUUCAUCACCAAAACUGGAAUCAAUGUACGAAGCAAAGACCAUUACGCGCCCAAACACCGCGGCAACACCUCUUCCAUCUGAUAUGGGCUACCCGAAACGCAGCAGCGCUGAUCCUAUCCUCGCUCGCACCUCAUCCGACGCAACAGACCUCCCUUUAUGGAAAGCGCCGGAGGAAAAGAAACCCCGCCAACCGUCGCGUCUCAGCCUCAGUCGCGCUCUGUUGCACCGCAGCCGGCCCACGAGCGAAGACAUCAAUUAUGGCAAUCCUCUGUCACAUCCUGUUUCGCCGCCGAGGUAUAUGGAUGUGGGGGAUGCUGUGUGA